AUGAGUCUCCCCUGGGAUGUUGUAUUCUCCUUCGCUCUCACAGCUAUCGUGUGGGGUAUUGAAGGGUAUGAUGAGUACACGCAGGCCGGUGCGGCUCCCGACUGGUUGUAUUUCAACUGCUCCUUCUCCAGCAGUCGCAGUCGCAGCAAUAAUAGGUAUUCCACGGAACCGGAUGCUGAGGGGGUUUCCUGCGAGCUCUAUCUAGAAGCGCUUGAAAUCGACAUCGAACAUGUCCGAAACCAGGGCCAGAUUGGCCAGAAUAUAACACUGGGCAGCUUUUCAAAUGCUCCCGGGCUCGACGGGGCUCUAAAUUCGCUGCACUACACAAUGGAUGUAGACGAGGGAGUUCCUCCGGCCUCGACUCUAGCUAGCAUCGGAACUGCAAAUCUGCCAGCAGUUGAAUCAGUAAUUCGCUGA